AUGGUGGAAACCCUAAGUUCAUCGCCCUCAAUCUGGCGAUUCAACCACCGCCGUUGGUUUCCCGCACUCUUCUCGUCCUACAAGACCCUUUUCGCACUCCUCUGGAUCGUCGUUUUCGCAUCCCUUUUCAUCUGGCAACGCAAUUUUGUAGAUGGUAUAUCAAUUUUCCGGCGACCCCUCCCUUUUCGUCCAUUGCCUCGUUUCCGACCCGUCGUCUUUAAUCUUACCGAUUUCGGAGCUGUCGGAGAUGGCGUCACAGUUAACACCUUGGCUUUCGAGAAGGCUGUUUUUACAAUUUCCAAGCUAGGGAAGAAAGGUGGUGGUCAGCUUAAUGUCCCCGCCGGAAGAUGGUUGACAGCACCAUUUAAUUUAACAAGUCAUAUGACGCUUUUUCUUGCUGAAGACUCUGUUAUACUUGGUCUAGAUGACGAAAAGUAUUGGCCUCUCAUGCCCCCUUUGCCUUCUUAUGGUUAUGGUAGAGAGCAUCCUGGAGCCCGAUAUGGAAGUUUGAUCCAUGGUCAAAAUCUAAAAGACGUUGUGAUCACAGGGCAUAACGGCACCAUUGAUGGACAGGGUCAAACAUGGUGGAAAAAAUACCGCCAAAAGCUUCUUAACCAUACAAGAGGUCCCCUCGUGCAGAUCAUGUAUUCAAGUGACAUUCUGAUCUCUAAUAUUACUUUACGUGAUUCACCCUUUUGGACACUCCAUCCUUAUGAUUGUAAGAACGUUACCAUAAGAAAUAUGACAAUCUUGGCUCCCCUUUUCGAGGCUCCAAAUACAGAUGGUAUAGAUCCUGAUUCAUGUGAAGAUAUGUUAAUAGAGGACUGUUACAUAAGCGUUGGUGAUGAUGCCAUUGCAAUCAAAAGUGGAUGGGAUCAAUAUGGUGUUGCGUAUGGUCGCCCUUCAAAAAAUAUCCUCAUUCGAAACCUUGUUGUUCGAUCAAUGGUCAGUGCUGGAAUAUCAAUAGGCAGUGAGAUGUCAGGUGGGAUAUCAAAUGUGAGAGUGGAGAAUGUUCUUGUGUGGAACUCAAGGCGUGCUGUUAGAAUCAAGACAGCUGCAGGGAGAGGGGCAUACAUUGAAGACAUCAGUUAUAAGAAUCUAACAUUUGAGAAUGUAAGGGUUGGGAUAAUUAUUAAAACGGAUUACAAUGAGCACCCAGACAUGGGUUUUGACCCAAAGGCGUUUCCGGUGAUCAGGGGAAUCAGCUAUUCCUCCAUCCAUGGUGAGGGGAGGACAAUCUUUCCAAAACCAUGUGAGAAUCUUGAUCUUUAUGAUGAACAAGGAACACUUGUCAAGAAGUCUGUAUCUGAGAAUGCUUCAGACAUAGAUUAUGAUAUCUGA